AUGGGCGACACUUAUAGGUCGACCCGACUCUACCGUGAGGACGACGAUGACGACCGUGGUGCCGUGCGGAGCAGCACCACUGUAACACGCUACAAGGUUGGCUCCAGAAACGGCGACCGUUUGGAUCGCAUCGAAGUCGAAGACGACACGCGCUCUCGCUUCUCCUCUGGCGGGCGCCGAGUCUCCAACGACCUUCUAGACCGUCCCCGAUCAAACUUUGACCCCGCCGAGCGCACCCGCACCGUCAUGGAAACCGACCGCGAAUGGGACCGGCGCUCCCGACAGGACGACUUCCGUGUCGAGAGGCGAGUUGACGAGUCAUUUGAGGACGCCCGUGGUCACGACGUAGAGCGCUACCGCAAGGAAACUGAGUAUUUCGCCCCGGCCGAACCAACGCCACCUCCUGUCAUUAUCCGUCAACAGGCCCCCGAGCCGCAGAAGAUUAUUGUCCAGGAGGCUCCCUCACCACAGCCUUACUUUUACAACCGCCAAGAGCGCCCUGAAGCCGGCCCCAUGGUGCUCCGAGAGCGUGACGUUGAUCGCGAGGUCGUCCGUCGUGGCCCUUAUGAAGAUGACUACUACUACAGACAUGAGCGUCGCGAAUUCGGACCUGGCCCGGUUGGACCAUACCGCGGCGACCCUCGAGACCCUUACUACCGCAGGGAUCCCUACGCCCGUGAUCGUGACUGGGGCAUGGCCAGAUAUGAUGGCCGUCGUCGGGAAGAGUACUACAGCGAGGAUGAAGACUAUUAUGUCUCUAAUGGUCGCCGUCGUAGAUCUCGUUCUCGUCGUCACCGAAGCCGAAGCCGCUCCCGCAGUCGCAGCAAGAGCUCUGACCAUCACAAACUUCACCUCGCCGAGGGUGCUCUUGCCGGUGCUGGUGUAACUGCGCUGCUGCAGAGCAAACGCGAUGGCCACGGUGACCUCCCUGAGAACCGUGGCCGCAAGGUUCUUGCAGGUGCCGCCCUUGGUGCCCUCGGUACUGAGGCGCUCAAGAGAGCUCACAGCGCCUAUGAAGACCGCUGGGGUGAUCGUGAUGAGUCCCCCAAUCACCACUCCAGAAUCAAGACCGGGUUUGGUAUCGCUGCUGUUGCCUUGGCUGCUGCUGGUGCCGCCAAGUACUUCCAGACCAACAAGGUUGAAAAGGAGGAAGCUCACCGCGGUCGCAGUCGCACUCGCGGCUACACAUCCGACGGGUACCACGACUCACGCUCCCGUUCGCGAUCUAGUCGUGCCCCCAGCCGCCGCAGAAGUAUGUCUAGAAUCGCCAAGGCCGCUCUGGGCACUGCGGCCACAGCCGGUGUCCUGCGCCACCUGCACAACAGAUCCAAGUCUCGUGGCGGUGAUGGCCGGUCCCGAAGCAAGUCUCGUCUGAGAACUGGUGCCAAGAUUGCUGGCGCGGCCGCGGCCGCUGGCGUCGCCGGCAAACUGUACAAGAAUCACCAAGAAAAGAAGGAACGCUCACGUUCUCGCGCACGGAGUGACACUGAUGACGACCGCUACUAUGGCCGGCGGGACAGAAGUCGCAGCCGCAGCAGGCUUAGUUGA